AGUACGCGAGUUGUGACGUCAUGACGCAAGGCGCCAUGCAGCUGGCGGUGCGUUUAAAAGAGUCAGGCUGGGGGGUUACUGCGGCAAAACUUUACUAAAGUCUGCAGUGUCAGGUUUUUGUUGCACAUGACACAUUUGUUUCGGAAGCGGAGGCGAUGCCACAAGAAAGUAUGCCACUGCAAGAUGUUCCCUGCCUGGCCAUCCAGGGUUCCUUGUUGUGUAAAGGCAGCAGCAAACGGAAGUGGACUGAGGGUCAGGACUCCGAAUGCACCCCGACAGAGCUCAUCCACCAGUGGUCACCUGGACACAAACAGCGCUCCAUGUGGAAGGGGAAAGAGAAUGACUGCAACCACUUUGUCAUCUCCAGACGCUCGAGGAAGAGGAAGGAAUCGCUGUCUGGUGUUUCAUGGGAUAACCUUCCUGAUGAGCUGAUUCUCAGGAUCCUCUUCUUCCUCCCGCUGCACGACCUACUCAUGACAUCAGUCACUUGCAGGCGCUGGCAUCGCCUAGCAUUCGAUGAAUCACUGUGGCACAGUGUAGACCUGGAGGGGAUGACCAACAUGGGUCCAGCUCUGGAGCAGGUUCUGAAGACGGGCGUGCAAAGGCUACGCUGCCCUCGCUCUUUUAUAGACAACCUGCACGUAACGGGCACAUGCACACUGCAGAUAGCUGAAAUGGACCUGUCCAGUUCCAUCAUCACCACACCAACCCUGGAGAGCAUCCUCAGUCGCUGUCAUCUUUUAGAGUGUCUCAGUCUGGAAGGCCUGCAACUCUCUGACACCAUCAUCAGAGCUCUGGACAAUAAUCCACGCCUACGUCAGCUCAACCUCAGCGGCUGCUCAGACUUCUCUGCCGACGCCCUUGCUCACAUGCUACAAUCCUGCUUAAGAAUAGAGCAAUUGAACGUAUCGUGGUGCGCCUUUGACAGUAAUCAUGUGAGGAGCGUCGUCAAUCACGUGACCCCCAGUGUUGCAAAGCUCAACCUCAGCGGCUACAGGGACAGCCUCACGCUAGACGAUGUGAAAGUGUUGGUUGCCAGAUGUCCUCACAUUCUUACUCUUGAUCUCAGUGACAGUACUCAGCUGAUGGCCGACUGCUUCCCAGUCCUCUCCGAUCUCCAACACCUCAUGCACCUGUCCUUGAGCCGCUGCUACCACAUUCACAUCGCCGCCCUCACCAACCUCAAGAAAACCUUCCAUGCGCUGCAUUACCUGGACGUGUUCGGGCUGGUGAACGACAGUCACCUGCCGACGCUGAGGAAGGAAAACCCGGGCAUUUGCAUUAACUCCUGGCCAUUCUCUGCCAUCGCCCGCCCCACCCCUGCCAGCGCCGUGGGUGGUGUUGGCGGCCUCAGCAUGUGGAACAAAAAAAGUCGAUUGAGGUUCAAGUUGUAAGGAUUUUUCAGCUGAAACCUGCGAUGACGAUGUUUGUCUUCAUGCAGGGAGAUGUGGCGUUCGAGUUGUUGAAGAUCAAGUGAAAGCAGCCUUUUUAAAUACAAACGUUUGUAGGUUUUUUAAGGUAGGGAUAAUCAUCUGUUUAUAAAUCUAGUUAUGUGCUUUUUGAACGCUGAAUGUUGUACUGUUUUUAAAUUCAAGAGGUUUUAUGUAUGGAGAAAGAUAUUUUGAAGCAGAUGAUGCUCCGUCGGUCACUUUUAAUCAGUGUUAGGUUUCUGUUUUCCAAGAGAGAAACCUAAGCCGAGUUGACCUGUUUACAAUAAAUGAUCAUUGCAGCUGAAAGGUAAAUGUGUUGAUUAUCUGUCCAACUGCUUUCAGCGUGAUCGUCCAGCUACAACCCGUGUUAUAGUUCGCUGUGUACGCAUUGUUUCACUGUGUUGUGCCAAACAAGUAAACCACUGACCACCCGUUUGUGAUUUG